AUGGCCGCUAGCCAGCUUCUCAAGAACAACGUCUGCCUUCUUCUAUUAGCUCUCACCAUUACUCUAGCCUCUGCUAGUCGGGUGCUUGACGAGAUUGUCCCGUCAGUUGGUGCUCCUGCGACAACCACCACCACCACCGGAGCGGUUGGUGGAUCUGUCUCAGCUGGUGGAGGAGAUCACGACUUGAUCUUCUUUAUGCACGACAUUCUGGGUGGUUCAAACCCGUCAGCUAGGGCUGUCACAGGUAUAGUCACUAACCCAGCCGUGAAUGGUCAAGUCCCAUUUGCCAAACCAAACGGAGCUGUCCUCCCAAUCAACAAUGGAUUGCCUGUAAAUAAUGCCAACAGUGCUAUAAUCAACAACAACAACCUCCCCUUCCUCACAGGUCUUGGCGGGACAGCCGCAAAUUUGGUCCAAAACAACGGAAACAACAAUAACAUAAUCGGCGGUGUCUCGGGUUUCCCUCUUCUGAACAGCGCUCAGCUCGGUUCUGGGGCCAGUUUCCAGAAACUGAUGUUCGGGACCAUAACCGCUUUUGACGACGAGCUGACAGAGGGACACGAACUGGGAUCGGGCCUGGUUGGGAAGGCUCAAGGAUUCUACAUAGCAAGUUCCGAAGAUGGGAACAGCCAGACAUUGGCUUUCACUGCCAUAUUUAAGAAUGGGGAUUAUGAGGACAGCAUUAGCUUGUUCGGGGUUCAUAGGAUAGCUGUGUCGGAAUCCCACCUAGCCAUAAUGGGAGGGACCGGAAAGUAUGUCAAUGCCAAGGGUUUUGCCGUUGUCAAGACUUUGCCUCCCGGCACCGGCCAGCACGAGACUGAUGGGACCGAGACUGUUCUCGAGAUUUCCCUAUAUCUUGCCUAGUAGUAUAUAUCAUUCGAUCAUAUGUUAUUCCUGUUUCUUGUAUGUUUUUUUAUUACCUAAUUAAAACUGCUUCUAAUUUUCUAAAAUGUAUCAUUUUGAAAAAGAAAAUCAAAUUAUCCUCA